UGUCGAUGCUCUUCGCAGUCGCACUCACAACAGCGUUGGCGCUCCACGCGUCUCCGCGCCUGCUGUCCCCGCGCGCUCAUGCUGCCUGUGCGCGGAGUACUGUCUGCGUCGCGCAAGCCACGGAAGCGCAGGACGCAUUGAUCGCCAAGCUGCGGGCCGCGCCGCUCGACGGGCUCACGGCAAUAGUGGCAAACGACAUGAAGGCCAUUGACCAGCGCUUUUUCCUGCGGCUGGCCGAGCUGGCAGACGCGGCCGACGAUGAGGCGGAUCGCGAUUCGAUCGCGGAGCUCGCGAGCAGUGUCGCCAGCUCCGUCGAGACGCUGCUCCGGCUCGCGGAUGAGAAGAUUCAGGAUGACGGCUCAAAAGCGCAGGCGAUCCUCCAGAUCGCCGCGUCCGAGAGCGGCGAGUUCGAGGUGCCGAUCCCAGCGGAGCGGGCGGCGGCCGUGCGGGCCGCCAUCCGCGAGCGCGGCGGCUCGCUGGACGACGGAUUUGUCGCGACCAUCAAGGCGUACAUGUCAAAGGCGGACAAGGACGGCAUGGAGGGGCUCGUCGAGAUGCUGCGCGAGGUGCUGCAGCUCUUCGCGGCCGAGCGGCUGCUUGCGCUGGUCGAGCCGAGGCUGGAGGAUGGCUCGGGGCUCGCGGCUGCGCUGCGCGCCGUGCUCGCCGCGAAGCCGGACGAGUGGGAGGAGACUCUGCGCGGGCAGGUUGCCACGGCCGAGCCCGUGUGCGGGCCGCUCGAGCUGCAGUCGGCGCUGCAGGACCAGAUGGGUGAGGUUGUGCUGGGCAUGCCGUCGGGGUCGGCGCUGCAGGCCCUGCUGGCCGAGUACCUCAACGAGCUGCUCGAGCGGACGCGAGUCAUCGUCGCCGAGCUCGCCUAGACGACCGUCGGUGUGCGGUGUGGCAACGCGCCCGGGCGUGCUCGUCGCUCGGAGGCGUGAGAAGCACUUUUUCAGUUAGAGCUCGUUUAGCGUGAAC